GCAGAUGCGCGUCUUGGUAGGUGGAGCAUGAUGCAUGCUUCGCGGACUUGCAGGAGAUCGCUGGCCGUGUGAUGCACAUGUGGACGUCCGCCUAUCCUGCUAAGAGGAAUUGGGCAGAGCAGGAGCGCAUCCACACGACCAAGCGCAACAAGCUCGAGUUCAGGAAGGUCGCGCAGUUGGUUGAGAUUGCUAAGAAUCUCAAACUACUUGGAUGCGGCGAGCGGAGUGGGGGGUACGUUCUUCCGUGGGGUCGCAUGGCAACCCUGGCUGAGGCGCAGCCAGAGGAGUAUACACACCCGGUGGUCGACGACGAGGAUGAGGAGGACGAGCCUGAGCCAGAGGAGUGGGGAGCCAGAGCUCAGUCAUCAAGCGGAGAUACUGCUUCCUUACGACCACGUGCCUCUGCCGCCACCAGAGUCGGUGCGGGCGUCGGAGGACAUGGAUUUCAGCCACGCUGCACAUUCAUUCGGGAGAGCGACGACGAUUCCAUCCCCGCGACCGAUAUAGGGUUGGAGCGUGGACAGCGAGACGCUUCAGGCGGCGCAAGUGGAGUUGCUAGAAGUGGCGCGAGUGGAGAUGCGGAGGGUCUAGUGGUGUACCCCGUGGGCAGCGGUGUUCGAGGACGGACUGACGGGCGAGAGAGAGUGGGGGAUGAGGCCGGGUAUCAUCCUAUGGAAGGUGGUGGAGCAGAGUCCACGGAGGAGCUCCAUACCCAGAUGGAUCGAGAGGAGGACCAGCGGCUGGCGCAGUUGCAGAGAGAGUGGGUGGGUAGAGAUGCGUACAUGGCGGAGCAGCAGCGUCUUCGGGACUUGGAGACGGGUAUUGUUGUCCCUGAUGCGCGCGGGGUCGAGCAUAGCGUUCCUACAGUCCCGCACCCGUUUGCAGCGGACACAGCGACACCCGACACCCCAGUGCCUGAGACGUCGCCCCAGGGAGAUAUCGACUCGGGGUCCGCGAUGGGAGGAGACUUAGGUGCGUCUGAGUAUGGAGAUCCGGCUGUGUCCAACGCCAUACUUGGACUGUGUGCGGCGGGCAUGUUGCAGCGUGAUCCUCCAGCCACUCAAGAGCCAGUUCCUAUGGACGGUGAUUCAGGCGAGUUGGAUGGAGGCCGCAGACCCGAUGCGGAGGGCGAUGAUGGGGCGGGUGAUCCCGACCGUCUUGCACCUGCGCAUAGUGCCGGUUCAGGUCGAUCGUCACACUGGCCGAUUGGGGGUGACGCAUGUGGACCUGUACAGGGUGAUGCAGAUGUGGACGAGGCCGGAGGCAAUAUGUCGUUGGCGUUGGUGUUGCGUGGUCCUUCACCGAUGGCACACGAGGAUCCUUCACAUCCUGCGGAGGGUGGAGGUGGUGUUGAUGAGGAGGGGAAGGGCGGUAUAGCACAUGACCGUCCUGACCCCGUGAGAGCAGAUAUGGAGGAAGGGAAGAUUACACCAGGCCUACUUGACCCUGACGAGUUGCACCGUGCGCUACUGGAGGAUCCGAUUAGCAGGGGACCUGCGGGAUCUCUCAGGGUCAGAGUUCGAUCGCCUCCGCUUUACACACCUUUGAGCCCUCUGUAUUUUGGCUCUCCUGCGAGCUUGGAGCGUGAGCAGCAAUGUUCAGAGACUAUCAGAGCAACGGCUUCGGGUGCACGUACGACUCGCAUCUCCCCAGUUACACCUCCUCCACCGACUACACUCCACGAUACUCCGACAACUAUCACGGGUAGUAUUGCCGAGAGAGGCCACAUGCCGUCGUCGUCGUCACCUCGCCUCAACACACAGCAGUCGCUUCACCGUCCAUGAAGCACAGUGCGACGAGUUGAUGAUGGUAUGGGGGGUGAUUUCGCAGCGCAGCAGGCACGUUUGAGGGAGGAGUAGAGGCCGACACUAAGUAUGGGGACUGCUUAUCGCAUUCUCGGACUCCCUAGAUACGGCGCGCACAGAGACCUACUUUUAGGUUCAUGCAUGGUCGCGCCUGCGUUGUACACUUCCGGAGAGGACGGUGUGUCGGCGCCUCGUGGAGAGCGAUCUCACACCAGCAUUAACGAGA